AUGGAAUCGAUAUUAGAUUUCUCACAAGAAUUAAAUAUCAAUCUAUUUGAUCAAAUUGUUGAAACAUUUUAUAAAGGUUCUGGUAAUGAUCAAAAACAAGCUGCUUUAAUUCUAUCUCAAUUUCAAGAGCAUCCUGAUUCAUGGAAAUUAAGUGACAAAAUUUUAUCAAAUUCAUCAAAUUCACAAUCAAAAUAUAUUGCUUUAAGUUGUCUUAACAAAUUAAUUCAAUAUAAAUGGAAAACUAUAAGUGAUGAUGAAAGAAUUGGUAUUAGAUUAUUUAUUAUAAAUAUGAUUGUUUCAUUAUGUAAUAAUGAUGAAGAAUUUGAAACUCAAAGAGCUUUAAUUAAUAAAAUUGAUUUAACUUUAGUUUCAAUUUUAAAACAAGAAUGGCCUCAUAAUUGGCCUGAAUUUAUACCUGAAAUUGUAGUAAGCUCAAAAUCAAAUUAUAAUGUUUGUGAAAAUAAUAUGAUUAUAUUAAAAUUAUUAAGUGAAGAAAUUUUUGACUUUUCAGAAGACCAAUUAACCACGGCCAAAAUUUUACAAUUGAAGAAAUCAAUGGAAUCUGAAUUUGAAGAAAUUUUUAAAUUAUGUUAUGAAAUUUUAGAUAGAACCUCAAAACCUUCAUUAAUUAUUAGUACUUUAAAUGCUUUAUUAAAAUAUAUUCAAUGGAUUCCAAUAAAUUAUAUAUAUGAAUCAAAUUUAUUAGAUUUAUUAAGUAAAAAAUUUUUAUCUCCAAAUGAUACAAGAGCAAUAUCAUUAAAAUGUUUAACAGAAAUUAGUUCAUUAAAAAUUGAUCAACAAUAUGAAGAAAAGACUAUUUUAUUUUUCAAAAAUGCCAUGGAUGAAAUUAAACAAAUUGUACCACAAACAACUAACCUUAAAGAAAGUUAUAAAGUUGCAACUUCAUCAGAUCAAUCAUUUUUACAAGAUUUAGCAAUGUUUUUAUGUACGUUUUUAUCAAAUCAUUUAUUAUUAUUAGAAAAAUAUGCAAUACAAUCAGAACCAUCAAUAAAACAAUUAUUGCAAGAUUCUUUGUUUUAUUUAUUAAAUUUAUCAAGAAUUGAAGAAAGAGAAUUAUUCAAAACUUGUUUAGAUUUUUGGUCUAAUUAUGUUUCUGAAUUAUUUAAAGAAACUAAAGAAGUUUCAAAACAUGAUUUAUCCCCAAUUAUGCAAUUAGCAAGAGGUGGUUCACAAGGUGCACCAGAUCCAACAUUAUUAGCAAAAUAUAAUCUAAGACAACAUCAAUAUCAGGAAGUUUUAUCAAAAUUAAGAUUAGUGAUAAUUGAAAAUAUGGCAAGACCAGAAGAAGUUUUAGUUGUUGAAAAUGAUGAAGGUGAAAUUGUUCGUGAAUUUGUUAAAGAAUCUGAUACAAUUCAAUUAUAUAAAUCAAUGAGAGAAGUUUUAGUUUAUUUAACUCAUUUAAAUGUAAUUGAUACUGAGCAAAUUAUGCUUGAAAAAUUAGCAAGACAAAUUGAUGAAAGUGAAUGGUCAUGGCAAAAUAUAAAUACAUUAUGUUGGGCUAUUGGUUCAAUAUCAGGUGCUAUGAAUGAAGAUAUGGAAAAAAGAUUCCUUGUUAAUGUUAUAAAAGAUUUAUUAAGUUUAACUGAUAUGAAAAGAGGUAAAGAUAAUAAAGCAGUUGUUGCUUCAAACAUAAUGUAUAUUGUUGGUCAAUAUCCAAGGUUUCUUAAAGCACAUUGGAGAUUCCUUAAAACUGUUGUUAAUAAAUUAUUUGAAUUUAUGCAUGAAACUCAUGAAGGUGUUCAAGAUAUGGCUUGUGAUACAUUUAUAAAAAUUACAAAUAAAUGUAAAAAACAUUUUGUGGUUAUACAACAAAAUGAAACAGAACCAUUUAUAAAUGAAAUAAUAGCAGAUAUUCAAAGUAUAACUGAAGAUUUACAACCUCAACAAGUUCAUACAUUUUAUGAAGCAUGUGGUAUAAUAGUAAGUGCACAAAAUAAUAACAUUCAAAGAGAUAAAUUAUUGAAUGAUUUAAUGAAUUUACCAAAUAUGGCAUGGAAUGUUAUAGUUCAAAAAGCAAGUUCGGAUCCACAAUUAUUAAGUGAUACCGAUACUGUUAAAAUUAUAGCAAAUAUUAUUAAAACAAAUGUUGCAGUAUGUAAGGCUUUAGGACCUGGUUUUUAUUCACAAUUGGGAGUAUUAUAUUUAGAAAUGUUAAAUUUGUAUCGAUCGGUAUCACAAAUGAUUUCCAAUUUAGUUGCAGAAAGUGGUAUAAUUGCAACAAAGACUCCAAAAGUUAGAGGUUUAAGAACUAUUAAAAAAGAAAUUUUAAAAAUGAUUGAAACUUAUAUAAAUCAAGCUGAUGAUACAAAGCAAAUUGUUAAUGAUUUAACACAGCCAUUAUUUAAUGCAACUCUUGAAGAUUAUUCACAAAAUGUUCCCGAUGCAAGAGAUUCAGAAGUUUUAAGAUGUUUAACUGCUUUAGUUUCAAAAGUUGGUAAAUUAAUACCUGAAGGUGUUGUGUUAAUUUUACAAAAUGUAUUUGAAUGUACCUUGGACAUGAUUAAAAAUGAUUUUAUAGAAUAUCCAGAACAUAGAGUUGAAUUUUAUAAAUUAUUAAAAGAAAUUAAUUCAAAAUCAUUCCAAGGUUUAUUACAAUUAAGUGGAGAAGCAUUUCAAUCAUUAAUAAAUGCUGCAUUAUGGGCAUUUAAACAUAAUAAUAGAGAAGUUGAAGAUAAUGGAUUACUGUUAACUUUAGAAUUAUUAGAAAAUGUUGAAAAAUUGGGAGAUACUCCAUUCACUCGUGCUUUUUAUACAAAUUUUUAUUUUCAAAUUUUAUCUGAUACUUUAUGGGUAUUUACACAACCUGAUCAUAAAGCUGGUUUUAGAUAUCAAGCUCAAUUAUUAGCAACAUUGAUACAUUUAGUACAGGAUGAUGUUAUAAAAGUUUCAUUAUAUACUCCAGAUCAAGCACCACAAGGUACUUCAAAUCAAGAAUUUUUAAAACAAUAUUUAUCUAAUUUAUUAUCAUCAGCUUUUGAGAAUUUAAAACAAGAACAAUUAAUUACUUUCUUAACUGUUUUAACUACUACUUAUAAUGAUUUAUUUAAAUUUAGAUCAAUUUUAAGAGAUUUCUUGGUGCAAUUGAAAGAAUUUGGUGGUGAACCAACUGAAUAUUUAUUUGCAGAAGAUAAGAGAUUAGAAAAAGAAGAACAAGAUAAAAAACAAAGAGAAAAAGAUUUACAAGUUGGUGGAUUAAUUAGACCUUCAGAAAUGGAUGAUGAGUAA